AUGGGGCUUAUCGGAGCGCCUCGUGUGCUGAGCACUUGGCUUGUGGCUCUUCUCCUUGCCCUGGCCAGCGCGCAGCAACUCACAGUCUCGCCUACGGCCACCGAAUAUUACAACCGUGAAGCCCAUGUCAACUUGGAUCUCAAGCCCUUGGCCGGCUUUGCAAACCUCUCGGCCAUCACCGCCAUCCGCUAUGGCGUGUCAGAUGUGGCGUUGGCUGAUGUAGAAGUGGCUCCCAAUGGCACCUCUGCCCGCGUGCGCCUGCUCAUUGGCGAGAUCGGUGUCACGGGCGACGAUGGAGCUCUGUUCACCUUGACGCUGCCAAAUGGCACCACCCUCACUUCAGAUCGGUUCUAUCUCUACGGUGACAUUGAUGGCUGCAGUGAUGAGCCCUGUGCCCAUGGUAGCUGUCUCGACACGCCACAGGGGUUUGAGUGCAACUGCUCCGCCUCUGGCUACAAAGGCGAGCUCUGCAAUGAACCCGUCUCCUGUGGAAUGCUGCCCACCCAAACUCACGCUAGCUACUCCCCCGCCGUCGCGGAGCUCUCCUUUGGUCAAGCUACCGUCGUCACCUGCGCUGAAGGCUACGGUGUCUUCAACACCACGGCCGGGGCUUUUGCCAACGUUGGCGGUUCGGAGGACCUCAUCCAACGUGGCUUUCGCGUGGACUGCACUGCCAGUGCCCGCUACAGCAACGAGGAACUUGCUUGCAGGCAGAUUGAUGAAUGCGCUUCGCCUCUGCUGAAUGAUUGCGCCGAGUUGUGCAUCGACACGAAUGGCAGCUACACCUGCUCCUGCGCCGACUUGCAACGCUUCUUCCUCGCAAACGACAACACAUCGUGCUCCGACCGCCUCGCUCCACUGCCGACUACACUCGACGUACGCGCCAUCAACGACUCAUUGGUGACACAACUCGUCGUCGUGCAAGAUAUUUCGUUUGCCAUCCGCCCGCACCGCCUUGAUAUUCGCUUGCGCCUGGCCGCCGACUCGAAUGACACCGCUCUGUUGCGUGGGCCACUCGCCUAUGAGUGGGUGGACACCACGCUCAUAGCGGUGGACGUGAGCCUUGACCUCCUUCCAUUGCGCUCCGUCCUUUUUGAAUAUCAUAUUACCAACUUGGAUGCGAGUCCAGAUGGUGCCUCGGCUGGCGGCGUGGCCGUGGGUGGCCCCGUUCUCCUGCUGCGCCACAACGAAGACAGUGAUGACGAUGAUAUUGACAGCCCGCCUGGCACCAACCCAGAGCACAAUGUCACCACGUGCGGAGACUUGCCCUGUCAAAACAGCGGCAUGUGCGAGCCCAUGGUGCGCUAUGAGUUUGACACCAUACCCACCAUCGCUAACCUCACGUCUGCUUUGAACCUGAAUGCCUCUGCCAUCGCCCGGUCCUUUGCCGACCUCAUCACCGCCGAAUUCUCACCGGCCUUCACCCUCCAAGCCGCAUCGGCUGGGCCCCUCUAUGGCAUUUAUGCUGGUCGCCAGCAAGACCUCGACUUUCAGCUCUUCCUUGUUUGGCUCGAGUCGCUCGACGUGGUGCUGCAGUCCACGACGUCCAGCGAGAAUCGCUCAAUCACCGUCGACAUGUCGACCGUAACCUUGAAUGUGCGGCGCAAUGGUACAACGGGCGCCGUGGUCGACGAUGCAACCAACGCGGUUGAGCCUCGGCAAUUUUCGUGCCGCUGUGCCACCGGCUUUUCCGGUGACCUGUGCGAGAUCAAUGUCGACGACUGCUUUGCCUCCGCCUGUGGCCCCGGUGUUUGUCUCGAUGGUGUGGCCAGCUACGCGUGCAAUUGCUCUGGUACCGGCUUUGAGGGCAGCCGCUGCCAAACGCAGCAAACUUGCCCAACUUUGCCCAUGCUCCCACAUGCCACGCCAAAUGUGACUGAAGCCCAUGUCUUUGAUGUCAUUGCCUACCAAUGCGACCCAGGAUACAGCCUGGACGGAACUGGCGUGGGGGAUAACCAAAUUUUAGCCCGGUGCACUCUGGCACAGCAGGUGGAACCCGAAGCAGCAAGCUGCCAAAACGUUGAUGAGUGCGCCGAAGGUGCUUGUGCCCAGCUGUGUACCGAUACCAAUGGCAGCUUUCUUUGCGCAUGCACCCCAGGCUAUGAGCUGGCUACCAACGGCGAGGACUGCGAGUUGGUCUCGUGCGGGUCUGCGCCCGCCCUGAAUUUCAGCAGCUCUCCGGCUCAGGGUCAAGAACUCUUCUUUCAUGAUGUUGCCGUGUACUCGUGUGUAGCCGGUGCUGCUUUGGACGGCUUGGUCAAUGGAUCGACCGCCCUCAAUGUCACCUGCCAAGCGGAUGGCUCGCUGGCUCACUCCGGCCAGUGUUUGCCCUGGGAUGGUUGUGCCAGCCAGCCCUGUGCCAACGAAGGCGUAUGUACAUCAACCGGCGCCAACUUCACAUGUGCCUGCGUCGAUGGGUAUGUAGGCCCCACCUGCACGCAAGAUGGCAACUUGGCGCCUACCGACAUUCUGCUCAUUCCCGGGGCCAUACCCGAGAAUGUGGUCGACGUAGUGGUCGAUUUGGUGGCCAUCGAUCCCAACGAGUCUGACAACCACUCCUUUGUCUUGGAGAGCGACUCCAGUGGUGUCCUCCGCGUCGUCGGGAGCACCUUGCGCUUGAUCCGAGCGCUUGACCAUGAGCAGGCUGAUUACCACACCCUGCGCCUUCGUGCAACUGAUGAUGGUCCUCGCCCCAAAUCAACGACCGCAACCGUGGUGCUGCGUGUCGAGGACGAAAACGAUCCUCCUACUGCCCUGGCCUUGAGCACGAAUGAAGUCUAUGAGGCGCAGACGGAUUCUCGCUAUGCUGUUGCCUCGAUCACAGUGAGCGACCAGGAUGUCAACGACCGCCACAACAUCAGCGUUGACAUCGAUUGGGCCUCAGUCGAGGCGGGUAUCCUCUACUUUCAUCAACCCCUCGACUUUGAAACAGCUUCCAGCCUCGUGCUCAACUUUACCGCCACCGAUCUCGAUGGUGCAACGUACUCGGAAUCUUUCAUCUUCUUCGUUCUGGACGUCAACGAGCCGCCCUCCACCCUGACCCUCAACGGCACGGCUCUCUUAGCCCUGUCUUUGGUAGUCAACGAGGAACCGGAUCCAACCGCUGACGUCACCAGCCUCGGUGAGCUCGGAGCUGUUGACCCAGACGCCGUAGAUCAACCGACUGCUGCUCGCCCUGUGCCCUUUGAGUUUAGCCUGUCGCCCGCCUCGAACCAAGCUUGUCUCCUUGACGGCCGCACUCUGCAGCUCAACGCUUCUCUGGUGGAUGCCGAAGCGCAGAGCUCUAUCUCGUGCUUUCUCACAGCAACCGAUUCGGCCAAUAAUCGCCUCACUCAGCGCCUGGACAUUGACGUCCGUAGCGUCAACGAAGCCCCCUUGGCCAUGCGACUGGUGCCCGCAACAGCGUUGGAAUCGCAUCCCGUCGGCUCAGUCCUCGCCACCAUCCUGGUGGAUGACGUCGAUGUUGGUGACGAGGCCCGAGUGAUGCUGGUGCCCAUCAAUGGCUCCCAGGCCGACAACGCCUUUGUCGAAGUCGUGCCUGGUACCCGCCAGUUGCGCUUGGUCGCGCCGCUGGACUUUGAACAUCAACCCCAGCUCGUCUUUCACGUGCGCGCCGUCGAUGGCGGCAACGCCUCCCUGGAUGCGGUCCUGAUCCUAUCUGUGGCCGAUGUGAACGAAGCCCCUUACAACUUGACUCUCACCAGUGACGGCCUGCCCGAGAAUGCAGUCAACGGCACCAUGGUAGGGUUCUUUACCGCCCUUGAUGAUGACGUCGGUCAAGACCUGACCUUUGCGCUGACGGCCGCACAACCACCGGCUGCCUUCCGGCUUGAAGGCAACGUUCUUGUGUACUCGGGCCAAGGGCAAACCCCAGAUUUUGAAGGCGGGGCCAACUACAGUGUCACUAUCACGGUACACGACUUGGGCGGUCUAGCCGCCACCAUGCCUCUAUCAACGUCGCAAACGUUUGCCAUUCAGCUGCUCGACGUGAAUGAGCCUGUAACAGGAGUGCGCGUUGCGCCUGCCACGGUGCCCGAGGACGCGCUGGUGGGCGCAGCCUUUGCUCAGCUCGUGCUGACUGACCCGGAUUUUGACGAACAGCUCACAAUUCUUGCCCUCACCAGUGAUGGUCCCAUUGCCCUGGCCGACCCUUCAGGCGCCCUCGCUUGUUCGCGCAUGGUGGCGGGCACGCGCUGCACUGCUACAUUGGUUAUCACAGAUGCUUUGGACUAUGAAACACAGCCUAUGCUGACCGUCGUCGCUGUGGUGCGCGAUGCAGCAGGCGUUGAGCAGGAGCUUCAGACUGACAUUGCCGUUGUCGAUCGAAACGAUGCGCCCAUCAUUUGGGGCUUGAACCAGGAGACAGAAGCCCUGACAAUACCAGAGAACAGUUUCGUCAACACAGUCGUUGCUACCUUUGCUCUCAUCGAUGCCGAUGCAGAAGGCAAUUUCACCUGUGCGGUUGUCGGUGCACUCAACGACUCGUCCACGGUGCCCCUGCGCGUACAGGGUCCCGUGGUACUCAACGCCACGCUUCGUCUCGUGUCCACUGCCAGCUUGGAUUUUGAGGCCCAGGCCGCGUAUAAUUUCUCGCUGGCCUGCAGCGAUGGGCAGGCUACCACUGCAAUCACCCUCACCUUGCAGGUGACAAACGUGCCAGAGGCCCCCUUCAACGUGCGAGCGGCCGUAGCAGCCGUGCCAGAGAGUUUACCGGUGGGAGCGAUCGCCGCCUGCCUGCUGGCCGACGAUCCAGAAGGUGACGUGCUCCAAUUUGAGGCCUUCUCGCCGCUGUUUGAAGUGCAAGACGACUGCUUGCUCCUGCGCCAACCCUUGGAUCAUGAAGCAAAUGCGACGGUGAGGGCUGAGGUGGUGGCCAUCGACAGCACUGGCCUCGUGGGCCGGGGUGUCGUCGUGCUUGACGUGCUCGACACCAAUGACGACCCUGCCAUUGUGGCGAGCUCACUGCAGCUCAGCGUCGCCGAAGAUGCUGCAGCCAACACCGUGGUUGGCACUUUGGUUGCCAAUGAUCCAGACGGCGACGCCCUCACCUGGUCUGUGGUCAACGUGUCCGCGCCUUCCCUGGUCUUUGGGUUUCAGGGGCGUGCGCUCGUUUUUCUUGGCGGCACGCUGGACUUUGAGACGGCCCCGGAGAUUGCUGUGGGUGUGCAGGUGGCCGAUGGUAAUGGUGGUCUGGCCACAGCGAUUGCCACAAUUGCCAUCUUAGAUGCCCCUGACGCUCCCGUGAUUAUUGGCCUGAUGCCCUCUCGCAUCUCGGAGGCAGCUGUUGUGGGUACCACAGUAACCUGGCUGUCGGCUCGUGAUGAGGACGCCGGCGAUGAUAUCGCCUUCAGUCUAGGUGGUGUUGAUGCCGUAUCCUUUGCUCUGAAUGCGUCUUCGCGGCGCUGCGAUUCUGUGGAUGGUGUUGCUGAGGACGACGAUGAGGCAACCACGGGUUCGAUUGGGGGAGUUGUCUGCAGCAUCGGACUCGUGCUGGUCCAACCGCUGGAUUUUGAGACGCAGACGUUUUACACCAUUUCUGUGCGCGUCUCGGAUGCACGAGGUGCGAGCGUGACUGAACUGCUGCUGUUGCGCAUCAACGAUGCUAACGAUGCGCCCGUGAGCAUCAGCCUGAGCAGCACAACAGUGCCCGAGAAUAGCCCACCAGGGACCUUUAUCGGGCUUGUCAAUGUGCAGGACCCGGAUCAGGGCCAAACACACACCUGCCAGGUCACGUCGAGCCUGCCUGCGGGCCUCAUUAUGCAGGCCAAUAGCGUGUUGGCCGUUGCCACCACAGUGCCCAGCUUCGAGUUGGGUACCGUGUACAGCGUUGAGAUCACCUGCACGGACAGCGGCUUGCCACCGCAAAGCCUGACCGAGACACUCACUGUGACCGUUACAGAUGUAGCCGAGCCACCCACGGGCAUUACCAUCUCCCACAACUCGGUGCUCGAGAAUGCAACGCAGGGCUUUCUGAUUGGGCAGCUGGACAUCAUUGACGAGGACAUGGUCGACUUCCCCAUCUUCCAGCUCUCGGAUGGUGCCGAUGCACGCUUUGCAGUACGCGGUCGCAGCCUCGUCCGUGGGACAACGGCCCUCGACUACGAGGCGUCGACCUCGCACACGGUUGAGUUGCGCGUUGUCGAGAACUCACUUACAGCCUCAUUUUUCAACCUCUCCAUCAACGUCGUGAAUGUGAACGAACCCCCGUCGUCCAUCCAGCUCAGUGAGGCUGCGCUUCGGGAGGAUAGCCAAGCCGGCACCGUGGUAGGGCGACUGACGGCCACAGAUCCCGAUGCGAACCAAACCCAUGUUUUUUCCCUGGACUCGACUGCUGGCACUGACCCGGAGGUCACCAGCAUGUUCGUCAUUCUGGGCGCCGAGUUGAUCUACAUUGGCAAUGACACUGCCUUGAUCAAUUUUGAAGAGCGCACCUCGCUUACCAUUGCCGUGCGCGCUCUUGAUGAUGCGGCCUACAGCGUCGGUGCGCCCUUGGCCCUGACACGGCUUUUUGAGAUUUCCAUUACUGACGUAAACGAGCCGUUCAGCAAUCCACGCUUCUCCAACACACUCGUACCAGAGGACAUCAGGCCCGGCCAGCUCAUCGCUAAUUUGUUGGUCGUGGAUCCGGAUCAAGGGCAAAGCGUGACCUGCACACUUAUUGACUCGGCCGGGGGCCGCCUUGUGCUUGAGGGUGAUGCGCUGUUGGCUGGUCCCACAUCCUUCGACCAUGAGACGAGCUCGACGGUUUCUAUCAGCCUGACCUGUCGCGACGACGGGCAGCCUCCUUUCACCAGCACCAGCAACAUGACUUUCACCGUGCUGGACGUGCCCGAAGCCCCUCGACGCGUUGUCCUUUUGGGCGGCAGUGUCUCCGAGGCGGCAGCACCGGGCACGGUGGUUGGUGUUUUGGUUGCACAAGACGAUGAGGGCAAUGCCGUAAGCUUUGCACUUGGUGCUUCCAACGAGGCUGGACCCUUUGUCGUUCAAGAUGUGUCUCUUGUUCUCAACGGCACACUGGACUAUGAGGCACGACAGCACUACAACCUGUCCAUUGUUGCGACCGACAGCACCGGGCUCUCCACAGAAGCUUCAGUUUGGGUCAGUGUGACCAACGAACCCGACUGCGAGGCUGGUAGCUGCCUCAACGGAGCCACCUGCUUGGAUGUGGGCGCUAAUUUUACAUGCAUAUGCGCGCCCGGCUUUCGUGGGCGCCGUUGCGAGCUCAACAUUGAUGAUUGUUCGGGUGGACCCUGUGCCAAUGGUGGUCUAUGCAUCGACGGCGUUGACAAUUUUACGUGUGAUUGCACAAACACCGGCUUUGAGGGCGCAUUUUGCGUCGAGCCACAAGCCUGCGCCCCGCCACCCGCGAAGCCACACGCUAGCUUGCUGACUGGUGACACACCGCGCUUUGGUGAUGACAUCGCGUAUUCUUGCACCCCUGGCUUUAGCGCGGAUGGCACCCCUUCUGGUGCCAACAUCGUGCAUGAGCGUUGCACGGCGCAAGGCACAGUCUCCAACACCAGUACGUGCCUUCAAAUCGACUACUGCGUUGGUGAACCAUGUGCCAACAAUGCGUCUUGCACCAGCGAGGAUUUGCGGUACCUUUGUGCCUGUCCGUCAGGGUUUACUGGCACCAACUGUGAGCUGCCUUUGCGCUGUGCACGGGAGAGCCCCGUCAUCAUCACAGCCAGCGAUCAGCUGGCGGCCUUGUCAGCGUGCCUGACCUUUGACAACGAAUUGAUUAUCGCCAACAUGACGACCAAUUUUGAUCCCGCCUUCUUAACACCUGUGCGUGCCUUUCGCGGAGGCCUGCAGCUCGUGAACUUGCGUUUAGCAUCUUCUGCUUCUGCUGCUGCAUCUGGCGAAGGCCCCCAACAGGUCGAAUGGUCGGCUAGCGAAAUGAAGGGCUUGCAGCUCUCAGGCAUUUCGGCAGCACACAAUGUGGAGCUCGUCUUACCCAACAUCACGGUGCUUGAUGGCUCGCUGACGCUGCUGCAGGUGGCACGCAACGUUCAACUGGCUGCUCCUCAACUCAAUCGCGUCGAGGGGGAUGUGGAGGUCCGCGCCACCAAUUGGACGCAGCUGACGGGUCUUGAUGCUUUGGUUGAAGUGUAUGGGUCGGUUGUGCUUGCGGAGAACUUGGUCUUGCGAGGUGUGGGCACUUUGGAUGCGCUGCUUGUUGUUCGUGGAAGCUUGGAGGUGCAUAACAAUGCAGCAUUGGCAACGCUAAUGCAACCAGCCAACUUGGUGUCGGUGGGCGAGGACGUUCUUGUGACGGGCAACAACGUGUUGCGCGACGUCAACGCGCUGGCCGCACUGCAGUUUUAUGGACGGUUUCUCAUCAUCCGGAACAAUCCGCUGCUCUGUUUCAUUGGUGAACAUCCCUUGAGCAGUAUCCGUGCGCUGGAAUCGGGGACCGAUGCCCCCUCACUCCUAAAUAAUGGACAAGACUGCGCAAGCAAUCGCACGGACGCGGACAAUGACGGCGUAUUUGAUGACGUGGACAACUGCGUCACCAUCGCCAACCCAAGUCAAGCGGAUGCCAACGCAAAUGGUUUGGGUGAUGCGUGCGACUGUUUUCCGCUCGAUCCUUGCCUCAAUGGCGCCACUUGCAGCGUCGAUUCUACGCAAUUUGCGUGUGCGUGCGCUCCGACCUUUACUGGUCGCACGUGUGCCAUUUCGACAUUGGUGCCCACCCCACGCUUUGGUGCCUCUGCUUCGGCACUUCUCAGCGCUGCAGUGACCCGCCAGGCUGACGACACUUUUGCAGUCGCUGCCCCCGCGUUGGUGGGCGCUGACUUGGGCGGCCAAGUGCUAGCAUCCGCGUACUUGGCUGGCCGUGCUGGCCACUCCACUGUCUCGGUCAACUCCCUCGAGGCCACAAUUCUCCACUUGAUUCUGUUUGACGCUGACGAUGCAAGUGCUGGCAAUGCACCGUAUCUCUCCUUCAACCAGCGCACACUGCGGGCAUUGGUGACGGUACAGGACGGCUUGGGCAACGCCAAUGUUUCGUCUGCGACGAUUGUCGUCCAGAUGGACAAUGGUGUUACCACCCACCGAGACACUUGCACGACGUCGCAGCCCAGUGGGCACUGCCUCGUGACAACCUCGGUCCCCGAGGCAUUCUUUGCCAUCAACGCACCGACCAGUGUGCAGAUCACAGCGUACUUGCUUGAUCAACCUCAGGUUGCGACCGCGAGUCAGAUGUUUACGGUGGAGCCAUACCCUGUGGUGGGAAGCACCGAUGCGGUGGCUCUAUACGUGCCGGUGACGAGCUGUGCUCCGAACCAAACAUUCACAGCCGCGGUACUUGUCCGGACUUCGCAAUCGUUGGGUGCGUUUGGGCUGGUCCUCACUUUAGACAGCGCCUUGAGCGUUGAACGUGCCGACUUUGACGUGGCCAAUUGGCAAGUGACGACCCGCGCCGUGACUGCCUCGGGUCGGUACGUAGCGGUGGGUCGCCGAAUGCCCAGAUCUGGUGCGGCCGUCUCUGCAGCUGGCGAGACUGUGCGUCUGCUUUUGCUGACCAUGCGAGUAUCCAGCGAGGCUGCAACACCAACCACACCCACCAUGUCCCUGAACGUCACCCAGCUAUUGGAUACCAGUGGCCGCUCCUUGCUGUCAGCCUCUGACCUUCCACGCCGAGCCGAUCAUUUUGAUUUUGAAGGCAGCAACCACGUCGGUGCCCGCGUUUUGGUUGAGGAACCUGUGGUGCUGCGCUUGCAGGCACGUUUGCCUCGAGCUCAACUCAUCAAUACCGCGCGCCUCACGGGGAUUACACGACGCGUGCCGCUUGUGGUUCUCGCGCUACGAUCAGAUGGCCUUGUUGUCGAGUUGCAGUCAGGCCUCGCCUGCGCCACUGCUCGCAUGGCUGUCGCGCGUACAAAUGCAGGCUGCACCGCCCUCGAGGUCGUGGGCUCUGAGACGGCCGGUGAGGCCGAACUGGCAGUAUCAGUGGCUCUGGGGAGCCUGCGCACCACCGUGAUGGCUCGCGUUUGGUUUCCCGUGUCUACUCAACUCGUGACCAGCACCCGUGAUCUGCAUCCAAUCCGUAACCUGCUCGAUCUCAAUUGCAAUCAAGUAUAUCAGCGGGCUCGCGUGGUCGUCGAAAGUACUUUUCAGGCCGGUACCAGCUCUUUCUCGGUUGAUGUCACCUCCCUGGCCGCAGCUCGUCUACGCUCCAGUUCCCCGGCUGUUGUGGCCAUAGAGGCAAACGACUCGCCUCUGGUGGCGCCUCGAGUUGAUGCUGUGGGUCAAAGCCCAGGCUUUGCUCUCGUUUCCUGGAACAAUGCAGCUGGCAUUGUGCUGGCAAGCGAAUUCUUCUUUGUGUCGGAGAGUCUGGCCACGGUGCAAAGCAUAUUUCCGGCCGUUGUAACGGCUGUUGAAGUAGAGGCCAGUCCGGCGGAGGCCGGUCCUGAUCAAUCGGUCUUGAUUAGGGCAGUCAUCCGCGAUGAGCUGUUGUCCCUCGGCGAAUCGGCCAACAUUGCUGUGAGCGGGGUCUUUGCUGAUGGCGCUCGUGACUUGUCGUUUUGGUCCAACAUCUCGCUGAGCAGCUUGAGCCCCUCUGUGGCAUGGAUUGAUGGUAGCAACCAGAUCAACCCCUUGGCUUCAGGUGUCGGUGACUUGCGAGCUGAGCUGCGAUCCGCAUGCCCGGCAAACCCUCAAAUCGUUGCCACAGGUACUGGCCCCAUUCGUGUCAUGUUACCCACCGUCGUCGGCCUUCAGGCGUCAUUGGCAGAACCGAUAAUCUACACAACCUCCACUGUCUCGACCGACGUCGUGCCUACAACCACCCAGCUGCUGAUCUCGUUGACGUUGAGCAACGGUCAGAUGCGUGAUGCGUCGCGAAAUCCAGCUGUUAACGCACGCAUUGUCGACGUCACACCCUUGACCAGUGAGAACGAGCCAUUUGACGACGCUGCGCUGCGGGCUGGCGUACAGCUGGCUCGUGCCAGCCCCGUAGAGCCGUUCUUCCUCUCGACCACGAGUCAAGCCGUCGUGCCAACCCGUGUUGUACUCGAGGUUGGCCUGGCAAGCAGUCCAGAGCUCGUGCAAAACGUUUCAGUGAUCGUGGAUGUGCUUUCUGGUUUGCUCCUCACCGUCCGCCCCCUUGUCUCGGUCAGGGCAGAUGAACCGACCGAAGGGUUCCAUCGCAUGCCGUUGACGGGUCACUUCUCCGCUUUACAGGUCCACACUUUUUUGGAAGCAACCGCUGGCACUCGAGUCAACAUUACGAGCGCUGAAGGCCUCUCCUUGACCAGCACUGACAAUGCUGUGACGCUGGAUGGCAAUCGGGUCGAGUUGGAUUCGGCAUUUUCUGGUCAAAGCGUCGGGUUGACCGCUAACUUUAGUGGCUUUGCGGAGACGUUGGAGCUUAGCGUUGAGCAGGAUCCUGUGUCAGUCAGAGUGGUUUAUCUGUCCAUGGACUCAGAUGCCCUGGUUGACUCGGCUCCGCGCGACACGGCAACCACCCUUUCAGUAGAUGUGGAACUGGCUGAUGGUGCUCUUCAGAACAACGUUGUGAGUCAGGGUGAGGUACUCAUCCCCGAUUACGUGACCUUCACCUCCUCGAACCCGCAAGUGCUUCGCGUGAAUGCCACGACGGGCACUCUCGCUCUUCUUGGAACGGCAGCCUUUCCCGUCACAAUCACUGCAGCCGUGGGGCAAGCAACUGCGGAGCUGGAACUGAAUGCCAAUCUGUCGCCCUUGGUGGGUGACAUUGAUCUUGGAAAUUCUGCAACACCGGCCAUAUCCAUCCUGGGGCCCGGAGAGGUCGCUUGGAUCUCCGUUUUUGCCAAUGUGUCAGGGGUGAUGAUGCGUGGUUUUGAUUUGACCGUCACCUCGGCCUCCAGUAGCACCGUCUCCCUUGAGGGAGCAGUUUUGGGCCGUGAUGUCACGGGGCAAUUUAUGACGGCACAACAGACAGCAAGUAGAGUUCGUUUUGGUGCCGUGGUAGCAGCGGUGACGGGUGGUCGUCUCGAGAUAGCACGUGUGCAAUUGCGGGCAGGUUCUUCCGCCAGUGCUGCGGCCACGACAAUCAGUGUCACUGUCAACGACCUCUUUGACCAGGACUUGGCGAUCAUAGGUGCGCCCACUCCGCGCCUCGCCAUAGCUGGAAGCAACGUACCCGUAGUGGUGCGGAGUGCCGGCAGUGCAGCGGCAGGCCUUGUGGCCUUUUUGCCGAGCACCAUUGAAGAAGCCAAACAACGCGCUCGUCGUGCGCACACGUGUGAUGAAUCUCCGCCAGGCGAUGUCAAUGGUGAUUGUGUAUUUACACUGCGAGAUGUGGCUUUUGUGAAUGACUACGCAGCAGAUGUACUCGCGGGUAUCCCCCCGCCCAACGUGACAGCAGAAGUGUAUGCCGAGAUGGAUGUCGACCGGGACAACACCAUCACGGUGGGCGACAGCGCUCUCUUGGCAGAUAUUCUCUAUGGUGUGGUUGACUUUGUCCGAGUAUCAACCGCCACGCCCAAUGAGACGUUACAAACAUGCGCCACUGCCAUCACAGCCCAGGUUCUCACCUAUGAUAACAUGCCUUCAGAGAGACCUGUGCGCCUUUUUGCUGUGAUGCGGGGCACGGCUGAUCUUAGCCUGGAAUGGGGUCGCCGCGAUGGCGGCUGCGGCACCAACUGCGUUGUGUACGAAUUUGCCAAUAGCAGCAUGCCUGGUGAGUAUGUGCUGGAAUUCGAUGGCUCAACGACGACUGACGUUUCGUUCUAUUACCUUCAAAUUCAUCUCAACGAUACAAACACCAGCUAUGCAGAGCAGUUUCGCAUCUACGCUCCAGCAGUUGCGAGCGGAGGCUCAACAGCUGCUUAUCAGCUGCCUGUAGUUGAUAGCGAAGGUGUGCCCUUGCAGUUUCCGGCAGGAUCUUAUGGAUCGGUCGAGCGGCUGGGUUCCAUCACCGAGCCAUUCCACCUCUUCUUCUACCAGCUCCAGCACAUCUACUUCCACUUCCACCUCUACUUCCACUUCCACCUCUACUUCCACUUCCACCUCUACCUCCACUACCACUUCUACUUCCACUUCCACUUCCACCUCCACUACCACUUCUACCUCCACUUCCACUUCCACUUCCACAUCUUCUUCAACAAGCUCAAGCUCCUCUACCUCUACCUCUUCCUCCACCUCUACCUCAACUUCUACUUCUACUUCUACGUCUUCAUCCACCACAACAUCAUCCACCUCAUCAUCCUCAACAAGCUCAAGCUCUUCAACCUCCACCUCCACUUCCACUUUUACUUCUACCUCGAUAAGCUCAAGUACCAGCACGUCAACAAUUUCAUUUGCAGACUUUCCCGAUAUUGCAGGCUAUGGUGUCCAAUUUAUCGGUCGUGUGCUCGGAGAACCCAUGCCUCGUCGCUUCUCAACGGCAAACCUUCAACUUCCACCUCCACCUCCACCUCCACCUCUUCCUCGACCGAAACUGUCCCCCCUUUUGUUGUGGAGGAGAUGGUGGGCAAUUUCCAACUUCGAUUCGUAGGAAAGCUGAACAACAACCGCAGGCCGCUUAUGUUUGGAACCUCGUUCAACAAUAGCGUGCGAGUCGGCCGCUUCUUGGGGCGAGACAAGGAUUUUUGCGCUGGCGUUUGUGAAGGCUUAACUGCCUGCGUUGCUUUUGUAAUGUAUCUUGAGAAUGAUCGUCAGGCGUGCAACUUACUAGCAGAUGUUGGUGAUGGCCCCAUAACAACGACUGAACCAUCUCUCUCCUACAGCUGGGUCUCGACGUCUACCAGCACCUCGACGUCUACCAGUACAUCGACUUCCACCAGCACCUCGACCUCAACCAGCACAUCGACUUCUACCAGCACCUCGACUUCCACCAGCACCUCGACUUCCACCAGCACCUCGACCUCAACCAGUAGUUCGACAACCACAACUCCGUUUGUCGCAGAAACGGUCGUGUCGGGGUUUGACAUUGUCUUCAAAGGGCGGCUUGAAGAAAAUCCAAACCCACGCGUCUUCUCGACGUUUAUGGAUGACGACAGCUUAAUUGGAGAACUGAAUGGCUCUCCAGCUUUUUGCGCCUCGCUCUGCACUCGUGAUAUUGGCUGUGCCGGUUUUGUGCUUUACAAUCAGUUCGAACAAACUAUGUGUCGGCUAUUGUCAACCAUUGGCAAUGAAAGCGGUGCCAUGACUACGAUGCAGAGCUACAGUUACGCUCGCCUCCUGCAACCAGGUACGACGAGCUCCACCAGCACAUCAACAAGCUCGUCAACUUCCACAAGCACAUCCACCUCAACCAGCACGAAUACAAUCACGGUGCCCUUUGUGGAGCCUACACCUCCUGAGCGUUUUGAACUGGUUUUACAGGGUGUUGUCAAUGGCAACCCUGUUCCAGAGGUCUUCAAUACGACAGGUGCUCUCUUGGGCUUCUUAACUGCCGCGAGCCUGAAGCAGUGUGCAUCCAUAUGCCUCACUCUCAACGAAUGUUAUGGCUUUGUUGUGCGCCCCACUUUGACCUCUAACAUUCAAUGUCUCCUGGUGACUCGAGCCGCGGUACUUUCUGCUGUGCCUGACGAAGCGCCCUCGUACUCUUUUGGUCGAAUUCUGCUACCGGGCACCACUUCCUCCACCUCCACCUCCUCCUCCACCUCAUCGUCCUCAUCAUCUUUCACUUCGACGUCGACCUCCACCUCCACUUCCACCUCCACCUCGACCAGCACAGAACAAGUCGUGGUGCGAGAGGAAGUUGAUGGCUAUGAGAUCGUUUUCGUGGGGCGCCUUUCGGGCAACCCCAUGCCAGAGCGCCCCGUGCAAGUCAUGUCCGUUAGUACAUGGCUCGCCAAUUACCCCGCGCCAAGUGCUAGCGGCUGUGCUGAGGUUUGCGAUUUGCUCGCAGACUGUGCCGGCUUUUAUUUUGCAUAUGAGUUCUCGACGGACCAGUCACGUUGUCGUCUACUAUCCGUGUUGGACCCCAAUCAGAGCGAGUAUGAGCCUCUGCAAUCUUUCACCUAUCAAAAACACCUUCACCACUACCACUACCUCAUCAAUCACGUCCACCACCACCACCUCAUCAACUACCUCCACCACCACUACCUCAUCAACUACCUCCACCACCACUACCUCAUCAACUACCUCCACCACCUCAUCAACUACCUCCACCACCACCACCUCAUCAACUACCUCCACCACCACUACCUCAUCAACUACCUCCACCACCACUACCUCAUCAACUACCUCCACCACCACUACCUCGUCAACUACCUCUACCUCUACCUCGUCAACUACGAGGACUUGUGCGCAGUGCUCUGUAACACCAUCGACUGUGGUGCUUUUACCUUCUCUCCAGUCGAGAACCGCUGCUUAUUCGUAUCUAGCGAUGCUGAUCUAUUGACCCUAGUCUCCACCGAUGAGGCUAUAGUUACUUAUCAGCGUGCUUUCCUUCCUCGAACCACUUCAAGCACUUCCUCUUCUACUUCAACAUCCGCUAGCUCCUCAUCCACCUCCACCUCCACCUCCACUUCUACCUCCACCUCCACUUCCACCUCCACCUCCACUUCCACCAGCACACCGGCCUUUUUGGACCUUGUAAUUCCUCCAGAACUAACGGAGAGGUUCACCAUUCAAUUUGAGGGCCGCGUCAAUGGAGAACCCAACCCACGUCUGUUCACCACGGUGUUCGACGAGGCCAGCCUGGUGGGCUUAGUGCGGCGCUCGUCAGUCGGGACGUGCUUCCGGGUCUGCGAUGAUGUAUAUGCGUGCGAUGGCUUUGCAAUUCUUGAAAGCAAUGGAGGUUUUGAAUGUCGUUUGCUCUCUGACCUGGGUGCUCCCGAGGGUGUACCCACCACGAUUCCCUCAUAUAGUAUCGCAAAGGUGCGCCUGCCAGCGACAACUUCGAGUACCUCGUCCAGCACCUCGUCCAGUACCUCUACCAGCACUUCUACCAGCACCAGCACUUCUACCAGCACCAGUACAUCAAGCAUGACCUCGUCCAGCUCUUCCACUUCCACCUCUACCAGCACGUCAACCACCACUUUUCUACCCACGAUGGACCUGGCGCGAUUCGAGCUCGUCGCGCGAGGUCAGGUAGAGGGCGAGACGAUGGCUCAACGCGCCAUUGUGACGGAAGAGAAUCAACUUGGUGCUUUCAUGGGUGUAUCAGUUGCACAGUGUCGUUCAUUCUGCUUGAGCAUACUUGAAUGCAGUAUUUUGCAGUUGGAAGCAAUUGGCGACGGUAUGUUCCGUUGUGUCUUCUUGUCGGGGGAGGCUGACUUGGAGCCCACUAUGGAGCAAUCCUAUACCUAUGCCCGCAUAUUUUUGCCCGGUACGACCACCAGCACUUCCACGUCAACAAGCUCGUCGACGAGCUCCAGUAGCUCCACGAGUACCUCGACCAGCUCUUCCACAAGCACAUCGACGAGUACUUCGACUAUGCCUUUUGCUCCGCGCCCGCAGAUUCGUGGCUAUGGCUUACGCUUUGUAGGCCGCAUCCUAAAUGAAAUGUCACCCCGCCGAUUUUCAACUUCCAACGAUGCUGCGGCCGUUUUGGCUGAUUUUGAGGCCACCAACAAUGAAGUGUCAGAGUGCACAGAUUUUGCGAAAGCUGCCAUACCCUGCGUCGACCAGCUCAACCUCGAGCUCUUCAUCAUCUUCAACAUCUUCUUCUUCCUUUACGAGCUCAAGCUCAAGUUCUUCGACCUCUUCCUCCUCCUCGAUCUCCACUUCCACUUCCUCCUCGACCAGCUCAAGCACGAGCUCAUCCACUUCUACUUCCACGUCUGGUUCUACCUCUACCUCGACCUCGACCUCGACCUCGACCUCGACCUUCACUUCCUCCUCUGCCUCAACCUCUUCCUCUACCUCUACCUCAACUUCUACUUCUACGUCUUCAUCCACCACAACGUCAUCCACCUCAUCAUCUUCAACAAGCUCAAGCUCUUCAACCUCCACCUCCACUUCCACUUCGUCUUCUUCCUCUUCCUCUUCUUCCACCAGCUCCAGCUCCAGCCCAAGUUCAUCCACUUCCACUUCCACUUCCACUUCCACUUCCACUUCCACUUCCACUUCCACUUCCACUUCCACUUCCACCUCCUCCAGCUCCAGCUCCAGCUCAUCAACUUCCACUUCCACUUCCACCUCGUCCAGCUCCAGCUCUUCCACUUCUACUUACACUUCAACCUCUACCUCUACCUCUACCUCUACCUCUACCUCUACCUCUACCUCUACCUCUACCUCCUCCUCUUCCUCUUCUUCCACCAGCUCCAGCUCCAGCUCCAGCUCUAG